AUGGCUCCUACAACACGAAGCACUUCCUCGGCCGCGCCGGCCGCAGGGGGUAGUAUCAACACUUCAGACUUCCUAAACACCGCGAUCAACACCGAUCCGCGGACACAGGCAGAGGGCCUACCAUCCAAGCUGCCUGGAUCGCUUCAAGGAGUCACAGAACUCCUCACAGGUCGUAAGAACUUCGAACGAUGGCAUCUCUGGGUGGAAACAAGCCUACGACCACUGUCCCUAUACCAACUCCUCCAAAAGGAUCUACCCCGGCCACAGAUCGACGAUCCGUCAUACAACCUCUGGCAUAGACUAUCCUCAAUAAUCUGCGCUUGGUUAUUGAAGCAACUAUCGCCAGAGAUCAGUGAACGCUUCGUCAGAGCCGAGGGAGGUAGGGAAUUCGCAGACAACGCCUAUAAAACCAUAUGCAAAAUCGCCUUAGGCGAAGAACUAAUCAAAGUUAUCAACACCUGUAUAAAACUUGUCUCCGAAAGCCGAAACAACUAUUCAACGAUCGCGCAAUACAUCAACAGCUUCAUGAAUACCUUUACUACUGCGCAGAGAAUAAGAUGCAAGAUGCCUGCCUUUAUGGCAACUUGCAUACUGCUGAGCAAUUUGGAAACGGAAUUGCCAACGUGGACUACACCCAUACGAAUAGCCCUUCCUCUAGCCAACCCGGAUACGCUGACCAACACGGACUUUUACAAAUACUGCGACGAAGCCAUAGCUACAGGAAAUGGGCUUGAUGCAAAGCACCUGGCUGCCUCCGCACCGAUCAUACAGGCGUCCGCAGCACCUAGGGACAUCAAAUCAGAUCAUUGGAAGAAACGGACCUUCCCUGAGCCAGGCAUAUCGCCCGAAGACCACGUGGCAAAGAUGAGAAAUCAGCAACCGCAACAACUUGAUAGGAAAUGCGCGUACUGCCAUAUAGGUGGCCACGGUUCCCUAGUCUACUACCAUUUAAAUCCUAGCCUCCGACCACCACACUGGAAGCCUACCAGAGGCCUCUGA